UCCACUUCCAACGAGGUUUGAUGUAGUCCCCUGAGGAGGGUUAAUUGGUGCAUGUGGACAAGACACCCUGCCUCACAUGAUGAGGAUUAACUUGGCCUCUCUCUUAGUACAUGGCAGACACAACCAGGAAGUGCUGAGAUUAGACCAUGGAGGUAGCAGUACUGGAUGGAGGACAGGAGGGCAGAAGGAAAAGACCACGGAGGGCUGCUCUAGCAAUAUGCACCUUCAUCCUGCUGCUGUGGGCAUCUGUGCACCUGCUGUACCAGGCCUUGUCCCAUGGAGUGACUGCAAAGCAUCGGGUCCGGAGAGAAGUAGGUCAAGAAAAUGAUACACUCUGCAUCGCUAAACCAUCCUCUGAGUUUCCCAGAGGAUUAUUCACAGAACAGGAGAGAAAAGAUGGAGGGAUUGUCAUUCAUUUCCUAGUCAUACUAUACAUGUUUCUGGCUGUGUCCGUUGUCUGUGAUGAUUAUUUCCUCCCUUCCCUGGAAAUCAUCAGCGAACGCCUUGGCCUCUCCCAGGAUGUGGCUGGAGCUACGUUCAUGGCUGCGGGAAGUUCAGCACCAGAAUUGGUCACUGCAUUUCUAGGUGUGUUUGUCACCAAAGGGGACAUUGGAAUCAGCACUAUUGUUGGAUCUGCUGUAUAUAAUCUCCUUGGGAUAUGUGCUGCUUGUUGCUUGUUAUCAGCUGCGGUACUAAGGCUGUCUUGCUGGCCCUUAUUUCGAGACUGUGUUGCAUAUGCAGUGAGUGUAGGAGCAGUAAUUGCCAUAACAUUUGACAACAGAAUUUAUUGGUAUGAAUCUGCUUCGUUGCUUUUGGUAUAUGCACUCUACAUAGCAGUGCUGUGCUUUGACAUAAGAAUUAGUCAGUACAUGAUGAGGAAGUUCAGUCCUUGCUGCAGAUGUUUUACAGAAGCAUCAGAAGAGAGUACCGAUCAGCAGCCUUUACUGGGAUGGAAAGAAGAGAGUGUACAUGUAGUUCGCCAUCAUUCCCGGUCAGAUAGUGGCAUCUUUCAGGAGGAUUCCGAUUAUUCUCAGCUCUCAAUGAGUUUACAUGGACUUAAUGAGCUUUAUGAAGAUCCUCCAAGUGUGUUUGCAAUGCCUGACGAUGAUUUGAAAAGAAUUCUGUGGGUCCUGUCAUUGCCAAUCAUUACAUUGCUCUACCUGACUAUACCUGACUGCAGAAGAAAAUUUUGGCAUAAAUGGUUCAUUCUGACAUUUAUUAUGUCCGCUGUUUGGAUCUCUGGAGUAACUUAUAUUCUAGUUUGGAUGGUGACCAUAGUGGGUGAAACCUUUAGUAUUCCAGACACAGUGAUGGGCCUGACAUUACUAGCUGCUGGAACAAGUAUACCUGACACUGUUGCAAGUGUUCUUGUGGCAAGAGAAGGUAAAGGAGACAUGGCUAUGUCAAACAUUGUAGGUUCCAACGUAUUUGACAUGCUGUGUUUGGGAAUGCCUUGGUUCAUUAAAACCGUCUUUGUAGACCGUUCAGCGCCCGUGGAAGUGAACAGUUCUGGAAUAUUGUAUACCACCGUUUCCCUUUUAUUUUCCGUCAUCUUUAUAUUUGUGGCAAUUCAUGUCAAUGGAUGGAAGCUUGAUAAGAAGUUGGGAGUGAUCUGUUUAAUAAUGUAUCUUGUUUUUGCUACUCUAUCCAUUUUAUAUGAACUGGGAAUUCUAGGAAACGUGUCUAUACGGAUGUGUGGUGACUAAUAAACAAUCUAAAA